AUGCAGUUCAUUCUUUCUGAUGAGAAACUCAAUACAUGGAUUCAAAUCAAUCUCGGUGGCCAUUACAAUCCUGCCGUAUCCAUCACGAUGCUCACAUUUGGGAAGCUAUCUUUUUUCAAUUUCUGUAUCUACUUUGUUGUGCAAACGGCUGGAGCAUUUGUGGGAGCCGCUGCAGCCUACGGGCUCUACUACGAUCAGUUUGUCAACUUUGAAGGGAAUGAGCAUAAGAUCAUCGGCCACAAAGGCACUGCUCGCUGCUUUUGUUCCUUUCCAGAUCCUCAUCUCAGCAAUCUUACUUGUUUUUUCGAUCAGAUUUGUGGCACUGGUUUGCUGGUGUUCUUCGUAUGCUGCAUUAUUGACAAGAGAAAUCAAAUUCCCGAAGUGGCGCAUCCAUGGCUAUUUGCAUUUGUACUCAUCAUGGUC